UGAUUAUGAACAGAGAAUAAAUCAAAAUGGAACCAUAGUGCAUAGCCGAUCCAAAAGGGCAUUCUGGAAUUUACGGAAUAUGAUGAACUGUGCCAAUGACUGUGGUGCUAUGUCGUACUAUGGUUAUGGUUGUUUUUGUGGAUUUGGUGGUUCUGGAGUACCUGUGGAUAAAAUUGAUACAUGCUGUAAGGAACACGAUGAUUGUUAUGAAAGACAAAUGAAUCCGUGGUUUAUUUACUGCAAGCAUUACGAAUGGACGUGUUCUAAAAAUCGUUUACCAGUUUGUGACUUUAAGAACGAUCCAUAUAAGCAACAAUUAUGCGAAUGUGAUCUAGAGUUUGCUUUAUGUAUAUCAAAACAUAAAUGUCCAAAGACAAGAGCCACAUGCAAAUCCGGUUAUGACAGAUUGACAUCUCUUCCGAAAAUCGACGAAAAGAACAUUAAAUGUGAACAGAAUGAAACAUAUCAAAAUCAACAACAAGAUUAUCAUUAUCAGCAGGCCAAAAGUCCAAAUCAACAACAAGUAGUUUUUCUUCCUCCUUAUUAGAGGGUGUCGAAAAAAAUUCCUUGACUUUUUCCUGACUCCUCCACGACAUUUUUUGAUUUUUCUCUGACUUUUUAAUUUUAACUUUUUAACCAGUGUUGCCAGAUUGGGCUACAAAGCGCGAUUUGGGCUAUUUUUUGGGAAUGUUUCGCGGCUUAAAUUUCAGUUUCGCUACAAGUAGCAAUUUGGGCUAUUUUUUCUUAUAAAAUUGCUUUUUUGGGCUACUAGGACAUUUUUUUUAACAAUACUAGAAAAUCGAAUAGUAAAUCAUUAAAAGUAUGAAAACUGUCAAUUGGCGCCUUGUAGUGGAUUUGUUUGAAAAUCACUUCGAAAAGUGUUCAUCGGUUCCCAGUGCUACGUUUUUCUAAAUUUACGUUCCUGUUCAUGUUAAAAUGUUGUUUCAGUUUUUAUUGAAAAAUUUUAAUACCUGCGAUACCUGUAUAUUAAAGUUAUUUAAUAUAUAUUAUAUUAAAGUUAUUUAAUAUAUAAAAAUAAAAAUUUUAUUAGCAUAAUAAUAAAAAGAAAUAAAAAAAGUAACUUUUAAAUUAGUCUUACAUCUAUUUUUUCAUAUAUAUAUAUAAAAUUGUUAUUAAAAAAAAAUUAUUUACAAAUUUUUUAUAAAUUUGUAAAUAUUUGAAGCUUCCUGCGGUUUUUGGGCUACAGUGGCUCCCAUAAGUAUUCGUACCCCACUAAUUGUUAACUUCAAGGCUAUGGUAUAUUGUUUAAAUAAUUUUUAAAACUUAUUUUCAAAGUAUUAAUGUUUAGUACAUUUAUU